AUGCAAACUAAUCAAUAUGUGAAGGACCAAGGAAAUAACCUGCCUUCAAGACCUUAUAAUGAAAAAAUGAACACCAGUCAGUACAACACUGGUUUGCGACCUUAUGAUAAAAGCUAUUCAAACCCAGUACAGAGAAGAAACUUUGAUAGAAGCCAGAAUUGGAAUCAGCCCAAUCAUCAAGUGAACAAAAUUACCGUAGUAAGGGUGAAAAAUAAUCAAGAACCUCUCAACAGUUAUCAACAGAAAACAUAUCCUGAUGAACAGGCAAGACAGAAUAUAAAUAAUCAGACUUUCGAAGAGAACUACAGGGCAGCAAUUGCUAAACAGCCAGUACAGGCCGAAGAGGAAGAUGACAUAAAUAUUGCUUAUUUACCAGAAGAUACUCAUGAGGACUGA